CCGAGCGACGCGCGCGUAGAGUCGCGGCGCGUAUUCUCGAGACUAUAGUCCUGCGGAAGAUCAUCGGGAGGACUACACCCCUGCCGCAGUGGCGAGGAUCAACCCGUAGCGGGUCGGCAUAUCAUCGUCAUUAUCGGUUUUCGCGUGCGCUGCUUAAGGAUGAGUCUUCUGCUGGAUGAGGAGGAGAUCGACGAAUACAGCGAUGGCUCCGUGCGGCUACGAAAUCCUAACAUCGAGCUAAUGGAUCAGGAUAUAUUGUACCAUCUCGCGCUUGGCAGCGGCUCUCACGACCUCGUCGAGAUGUUCGGCGACGUGAAGUUCGUCUGCAUGGGCGGGACGCCGAAACGGAUGGAGCAGUUCGCGAAUUACAUCAUGAAGGAGAUAGGUCACAAGCUGCCGGCCGGAACGACCCUCCUCGACAUCAGCCAGUACUCUUACCGCUAUUCCAUGUACAAAGUCGGCCCGGUCCUUUCGAUCAGCCACGGGAUGGGCAUACCUUCGGUCGGGAUCCUGCUGCACGAGGUGAUCAAGUUGAUGUACCAUGCGAAGGUGAGGGACCCGGUCUUCUUCAGGAUCGGCACUUGCGGCGGCAUCGGCUACGAAGGCGGCACGGUGGUUAUCUCGCACGAAGCCGUAGAUGGGAUGCUGAAAAAUUAUUUGGAAUUGUCGGUGCUGGGGAAAGUGACGCGUCGGCCGGCCAAGCUCGACCGGCAGCUCGCUCGUGAUCUCAAGGCUUUGGCGCACCGUGACGAUCCCUACGACACCGUGAUCGGCAAGACCAUGUGCACAAACGACUUCUACGAGGAGCAGGGCCGGCUGGACGGCGCGUUCUGCGACUUCACGGAGGCCGACAAGAUGGAAUACCUCACGAAGAUGCACAAGGCCGGCGUGGUCAACAUCGAGAUGGAGAGCCUUUGUUUCGCCGCGCUGACCCACCACGCCGGCAUCCAGUCCGCCGUCGUGUGCGUGACACUGUUGGAUCGGCUCAAAGGCGACCAGGUCCUCGCGCCCAAGGAAGUGUUGGACGAAUGGCAGAUGCGGCCGCAGCAGCUUGUCGCCCGUUACAUCACCACGUACCUGCUGAGGAAGGGCCGCCUCUCGUUGGACGGCCACGGCUCCAUGUGCGUGAAGAGCCCUCGCCGGUUCAAGCUGGUGCAGCAGGAGUCGGAGAACUACGACUAAGCCGUCGACGAGCGAUCCGCGGUCGUUUCAUGCCGGAGAACUGGGGACACGGACGGACUUCCUCAUCGGAGAAGUCUCUCACCUCGGCCCGCCUUCGGGGGGGAGAUCGGCUCGAUUACCGAAUCACGAACCGCGUCGAUCUGCAUACGCUCACUUGUCCGCGAGGAAAACACCGGCGGAAACGGCGAACUUGAAUCGAAUUUUUUGUUGGGGGGGGGG